AGAAAAUUAAAGAUGAGGAGAUUCUUCCUCAUUCAUCAACCCACUUUCUUCAUAUCCAUCCUACUAGGCCUCUCGCUGCCCAAUUGGGCAUUUGGUCAGAUCCUUUUUCAGGGGUUUAAUUGGGAGUCAUCGAAGAAAGAAGGGGGGUGGUACAAUUUCUUGAAGGAUAAAGUUGAUGAUAUCGCUGAUGUCGGGGCCACUCAUGUUUGGCUUCCUCCACCCUCACAUUCCGUGGCAGAACAAGGUUACAUGCCAGGAAGACUAUACGAUCUCGAUGCAUCAAAAUACGGCAACAAAAACGACCUGACGUCCCUAAUCCAAGCAUUCCACAACAAAGGAAUCAAAUGCAUUGCAGACAUCGUCAUAAACCACAGAACCGCAGAGAAACAGGACGACAGAGGAAUAUACUGCAUCUUCGAGGGUGGAACCCCAGACGACCGCCUCGACUGGGGACCCCACAUGAUAUGCAAGGAUGACACCCAGUAUUCAGAUGGCACCGGAAACCCUGACACCGGGUUAGAUUUCAAGCCCGCUCCAGAUAUUGAUCAUUUAAAUGACAGGGUCCAAAAAGAGCUAACAGAUUGGCUUAACUGGCUAAAGGCUGAUGUCGGUUUCGAUGGGUGGCGCUUAGAUUUUGCAAAAGGAUACUCAACCAACGUCGCAAAGAUUUAUGUGGACAAUACUUCACCGAACUUUAUAGUAUCGGAGAUAUGGAGCUCUUUGGCUCCUGGUCAAGAUGGGAAGCCAGAUCCUAACCAAGAUGCACACAGACAGGAGCUGGUUUCAUGGGCUCAAGGGGUUGGAGGGCCUGCCAUGGCUUUUGAUUUUACUACGAAGGGGAUAUUGAAUUUCGCUGUAGAAGGGGAGUUGUGGCGGAUGCGCGAUGAGAAUGGGAAAGCCACGGGGAUGAUCGGAUGGUUGCCAGAGAAGGCGGUGACUUUCGUCGAUAAUCAUGAUACGGGUUCGACUCAAAACAUAUGGCCUUUUCCUUCUGAUAAGGUUAUGCAAGGGUACACCUAUGUUUUGACACAUCCCGGGGUUCCCUCUAUUUUCUAUGAUCACUUGUUUGAUUGGAACCUCAAGAAUGAAAUAAGCAAGUUGGCAAAAAUCAGAUCAGGAAACGGUAUUCAGCCAAAUAGUACCUUGCGCAUCUUGGCAGCAGAUAAUGAUCUCUACGUCGCAGAAGUCGACGAAAAAAUAAUCGCUAAAAUUGGAUUGAAAACUGAUUUGGGCAACCUUAUUCCUACAAACUUUCAUGUUGUUGCUUCUGGUAAUGACUAUGCCGUGUGGCAGAAAACGUGAAGCAGAUGAGUAGAAGUAAUACAUUCUGUAUGCACUAUUUGCUUCAUAUUGCAAUAAAUAAAAGAGUAUAUUUUAAUUA